AGUUAACCAAAAAUUUGUUGAAAAAAAAUACAUCAAAGUCAAAAUGGGUAUUACCAAGAGCGAUCUCCAUAAGAAGCGUGUUACCGGUGGUAAGAGAAAGAUCCACAGAAAGAAGAGAAAGUUCGAAUUGGGUAGAGCUGCUGCUAACACCAAGAUGGGUAAGACUAAGAUCUCCAUGGUCAGAGUUAGAGGUGGUAACUACAAGGUUAGAGCCCUCAGAUUGAACAGCGGUAACUUCGCUUGGGGUUCUGAAGCUAUGUCUACUCCAACCAGAAUCAUGGACGUUGUUUACAACGCCACUAACAACGAAUUGGUCAGAACUAAGGCUAUCGUCAAGGGUGCUGUUGUUUUGGUUGAUGCUUCUCCAUUCAAGCAAUUCUACGAAAAGACCUACGGUAUCUCCUUGGGUAAGAAGAAGGAAGACCUCUUGGAAAAGAUGGACGAAAAGACCAAGGCUAAGGUUUUGGAAAAUAGAAAGAAGGCUCCAGAAGUUGAUCCUCUCCUCAAGGAACAAUUGUCCACUGGUAGAUUGUUGGCUAGAAUUAGAUCUAGACCAGGUCAAGUUGGUCGUGCUGACGGUAUUGUCUUGGAAGGUGCUGAAUUGGCUUUCUACUUGAAGAGAAUCCAACAAAAGAAGUCCAAGAAAUAAGCUAUUCUCCUUUUUAAAAUAUAAAAAAAAAUUAAUUCAUAAA